AUCAUUAUUUUGACUUCUACUAAUCCAUGGUUGUAAUAAGAAGAUAGUUCGAGUCAUUCCCUUUACGAUUUCAAUUAUGGUUGGAAGAAAGUGGAAUUCAAAAAACUAAAAUAAAAUACAUUACAAUUUGGUCUCACAAAUAUACAUUUAUUUUGUAAAAUGUAUUUGAAGCUAUUAUUUAUUGCCGUAACCACCAUAAUAGUUGUUCAAGAAACAAAAUCCGAUUUUUUAGAGAACGAGAAACAUUUUCCCUCCAAAAAAAGUCAAGUGGUACGUAUUAUAAAAAAAAGGUACGCAAAUGGAAAAACUAGCUUGCUAAGCAAGAAAUUUUUUAAAAGAAUCAACUUUAGAGUUUGCAUAAGAGAAGAGAGAAACCAAAAAAAAAACAGUAAGAACCCAGAGAAGAGAAGAGAAUCGAAGAGGCUAAAGGAACUUACUCUGCAGGAACAGAGUCGGUUUCCAUGGAAGAAACCAAGGUAAAACUCAACCAAAAUUUACUCUGGUGUUAAAAACAGAGUCGAACUAUGUAUGUUCUUUGUCAAGAAGGGUGAUGUUUUUGAUUUUCGUUUUGAUUCUCAGGAACGGAAUAUGGAUCUGAGGUCGAGUAAAUCUGAUGUUAGAACUGAUCGGAGACACAAAAGGGAUCCAAGAAUCUGCGCAGAGAAGAGGGACAACAAAGACUCCGGUUUAAGAAUAAACGAAUCUCAUCAGACUCACGAUCACAAAGAGUCGUACGCAGACAUACAGAGAGCGAGAGGUGUUGAGAUGCAACAGCAGGGAAGCCAUGAAUCAGAGUCCAAGAAUAAGGUAAAAAGAAACAGUGGUUAUCAAGUUCAUCCAGGUGAAAGAAUCUGCCCGAGUUAUCUACAGACAGGUCUCUGUGAACAUGGAAGCAAUUGCCUUUUCAAUCAUCCUACUUGUAAGUUCUUUCGGAGAGGAUUUUGUAAGGACGGGUCAGAUUGUAAAUUUAUUCACGCAAAGAACAAUGAAGCUCUUCGUUUACCUAAUACUAUGCGUCAACCACUUUCUCACCCAAAGGACAGGGAUGGUGCAGAAACUAUGCGUCAGAGAGAUAACACUGAGUGGCAAAGGGGAGAGGCUCAAGAGAAUGUUCAUGAACAUAGACAGAGAGACAUCACUGAAUGUCAGAGAUAUUAUGAGAUGGGAAGGAGGGACGCUCAAGAGAUUGUUGUGAAGCAACAUAGACAGAGAGACAUCACUGAGUCUCUGAGAUAUUUUGAGAUGGGAAGGAGAGACGCUCAAGUGAUUGUGCAGCAACAUAGGCAGAGAGAGGCCAGUGGGCGGCAGAGAUACCUUGAGGAGGAAAAGAGUGAGGAGGCGCAGGAGAAUGAUCAGGAACAAAGAUUGAUGGUUACACCUUUGGAUGGGAGAUUUGAUGAGAGAAGACAUGAAACAGAGUCAAGCUCUAUGGCAGAGAAGAGGGAAGAAUUAUUCACGAGUCUCCAGAGCGUGUUUAAAGAUGUAAUUGAUGAUAUAGCGGCGGGAUACGAGCGAGUGGGGACCGAACAUGGAGAGGGAAAUGUUGGGAGGCAGAGGGUAGAAGCUGAAGAGAUUGUCCAGGAACAGAGUAAUAGAGAUGGCGAUGUGCUUUAAGAGGAAACAGAGUUACGAGACACACCAAAGAAGAACUAUCAGAUUGUUUGGGAUUCAAGAAACCGAUACAUGUUGGGAAGAUUUAGCUCAAACUUUUCGUAGUUUCAAUCUUGUGAUUUAUUAUCCAUUGUUUUUUUCUUAGGUCGGUUGAUCACUCACUUCGUACAUUUGCAAAAAAAAAAAAGUAUAGCUAAAUACAGUUCCGAAAAGUAGUGUAGUCAAUCGCAUCCCCUAUAUAUUA